AUGGAUUUCAGCUCUCCUUUUACUCUGCAGUGCUUGCUGGUGAUAAUAACUGUUACUCAUGGCUCUGUCACCUGGACUGGUGUGCUCAGCGGUGGCUCGGCAGUCUUCUCUGUGGGAAUUCAGAGCCUGCAGAACCUCUCCAGUAUGAGCAAGAGGGACAUGAAAUGCUUGACAACUGUCUUGAGCGAUACUUUGUUGGCAGAGUGUGGCACUUCUGCCCGCAGAUGCCUGAACUUGCAGAAUGGCUCCCUAGUGCUGAAGACAGUGGAGAAAGAGGAUGAAGGAAAAUAUGAGUUUGUUUUUCACAACACAACCAGAGUUUUUACGCUGCAGGUAUUUGAGCCAGCCAUUGGUAUCCAGUGCUUUCCUAAUGGGACUGGGGAGUUGUCCUGUGACGUGAACAGCAACGACAGCACCAGCUUUCAGUGGCUGCUGAAUGGCACCGCUCUGAGUGCCCCUGAGGCUUGUGUUAAGGAUGGUGGGAAGAAGGUUCGCCUGGACAAAACCGUGCCUGGGGAGUUUGUAUGUGAGGUUUACCACGGGAACAGCAUCACCAGGACCAGGCCUGUUUUGCUCUCCUGCAGCUAUGGAGACCUGCUGCAGUACCCGUGGUUCAUCUACAUCCUUGCAGGGUGUGCAGGGGGUGCAGUUAUCCUGGUGGUGCUCGUGUCCUCAGUCAUAUGUUGCUGCAUGAAGAGGAAACACAAGUUCAUCCCAGUGCCUUCAGACGAGGAGAAGGAUGAUGGAUUAACAAUGUCCAUGGUCUCCAGUGAAAGUGUGAAGAGCCCCCCCAAUGGAGACCAUGUCGAGGCUCAAGCUGCCCAGAUCGACUGUCCUCCAAAGCCUGACGCUGCCCAGACUGGUCAAGAUGUUGAGCCUCAGCCACUGGUGGAAGAAAACUUGGCAGUGGAGAUAGAGGCUGAGGAAAUGCCAGACCCAGAGGUCAUCGUUGAUGUGGAAAGCCAGGAAAAUCCCUCAGACUGUUUCCCAGAUCCAGCUGAUGACUGA